AUGUGGGUGAAGAUGACUUGCACAGCAGUUGGAUGGCCACAUAGACAUAGUUCCCUUAUUUGGGAAACACGUAGCGUAUGUCUCUGGCAGGAAAGAGCAUCAGAAUAUAGCUGCAUUAUCACCCGGAGGGCUAAAACACACGCCCGUUUUAGGCUUUUCUCAAAGGUUGCUUAUCUGUGCCCUCAUUUUAUCUUGGUGGCACUGUGAACUAAGUGCAGCUGUCAACAUGCUCCCCCGCAGAUGAGGAGGUACCUUAGGAGGCCCAGCUGCAGAAUCCUGCCUGCAGCAGAGCGGGGACUGGAAGGCAGGCCUUCAAGGUAGCUGCCUGCAGCACAGCCUUCCUGGAACCUGACGGGUUCAGUCCCAAAGAUGAGCUUUGAAAGGCCUAAAAGGAAAUCCAAGAUCACUGCCUCCCGCAAACUCAUGCUGAAGAGCCUGAUGCUAGCCAAGGCCAAGGAGUGCUGGGAGCAGGAACACGAGGAGCGAGAGGCCGAGAAGGUGCGCUAUCUAGCGGAGCGCAUCCCCACGCUGCAGACCCGCGGCCUGUCCCUCAGCGCCCUGCAGGACUUGUGCCGAGAGCUACACGCCAAGGUGGAGGUGGUGGAUGAGGAGCGAUAUGAUAUCGAGGCCAAAUGCCUCCACAACACGAGGGAGAUUAAGGACCUGAAGCUGAAGGUGCUGGACCUCCGUGGGAAGUUCAAGCGCCCACCCCUGCGCAGGGUCCGCGUCUCAGCUGACGCCAUGCUCCGAGCCCUACUGGGCUCCAAGCACAAGGUAUCCAUGGACCUGCGGGCCAACCUCAAGUCUGUGAAGAAAGAAGACACAGAGAAGGAGCGGCCCGUGGAGGUGGGAGACUGGAGGAAGAAUGUGGAGGCCAUGUCUGGCAUGGAAGGCCGGAAGAAGAUGUUCGAUGCUGCCAAGUCCCCAACCUCACAGUAGAGAUUCCGGGGUCCGGUCCCACUCACCCAUCUUCCUGCCAGUGCCUGGAACACCCCUGCUAUGCCCUUCCUCCAGCCUGCACAGCCAGCCUUGGGGUCAGGAUGAAAUGGCACACAGAGAAGAGAGAUGGGAGUCUGAGACUUCACCCCCGCAGCGUGGGCUUACGCUGACCCUCGAGGCCUGCUGGGUGCCACGCCGAGGGGCCGCAGGCUGAGGAGGGAGGCAGAGAGAACACCUGUCCCACAGCCCCGCAUUGCUCUCCCCACCCCCACCCCCCCCGUUUCUGCUGCUACCUGCAGUGUCCACAGGCAUCACAACUCCAUUAAAAACCCAUGUUCCCGGUG